AUGCGUCGUCCCACGUGCUGCCACAUAUCCCUAGCUUUCGUGCUCAAAUUCCUCAACUUUCUUCAAGCUUUCAUCGGAGUUUCAAUCUUAGUCUACUCGGCAUGGAUGCUCAACCAGUGGAACAAUCACAUUCCGGUUGUCCCACAACCUUCGGCUCCUUCGCCAGACUCUUCGUCUUUCUCCUCCCUCUUGUUGAGCUCCGAAACGGCCAAGACUUCUGAUCAGAUCACCCCUUUGAAUUUUGCUGUCCAUUUGGUCUCUGGGUUCGAUGAGGGAUUGGGAUUGAAUUCAUUGAAGCUUCCCGCGCCUUGGUUUAUCUACACUUUUAUGGGAUUGGGCGUUUUGAUCUGUUGCAUUACUUUCAUAGGUUGUAUUGCAGCUGAAUCAAUUAACGGCUGCUGCCUGUGUUUUUACACAAUACUUAUAACAGUACUCACUCUACUAGAAGCAGCUUUGGUGGCAUUCAUUGCAAUUGAUCAUCGUUGGGAAAAGGAUCUUCCAUUUGACCCAACUGGUGAACUUGACAGUCUUCGAUCUUUUGUCCAAGAUAAUAUUGACAUCUGCAGGUGGGCUGGGCUCACUGUCAUCAUAUUACAGGCUUUAUCUCUACUACUAGCAAUGGUUCUGCGAGGCAUGGUUUCUACUUGCAAAGCUGACUAUGACGUUGAAGAUGAUUAUGAUUUUAGGGGUAGAACUAGGGAGCCAUUGUUAAAUAACCAGUUAAGCCAAGCGUCUGGAUCAACCAAGGGUGAUGGGAGAGGGACUCAUUCUGACAUUUGGAGCUCACGGAUAAGAGAUAAGUAUGGGUUGAACGCUGUGAAUCAGAAUGCAUCAGCAAGUUCGAAAUCCAAGCAGUGA